UGUUCGCGAGUGUCGGUUUGCAGGAGGAGCUCAACAGAACAAACCGACACACAACCCGAGUGGAAAAUGUGAACGGAAGACUCGGGAUUGGAAAUAACGACAGAAACCCGGUAUAAGAGUGUUCAUAUGUGGAUGCAAUAUGAUAUCUGAGAGGAUCUACGCGCUAAAGGGUGUUUCAUCAGCACUAUGAUGGACUGUCAUGGACAGGUUUGAUGGAGACUUCACUCUAUAGGGUCUGAACCGCCCGCAACAUUCAACACCGUCAUCUUCACGGUCCAGUUCUGCAUUCGUCCGAGGGAGGAGCGCUCACUCAAACUCAUCAUCAUGAUGACGGACGGGUGUCUACGCAGACGCCCUCGCAGGGUUUGAGAACAUGCCCAGAACAAUCUGAACGACCAGUCCAUCUCGACCCGCCGGACUCGGAUCAUGGCCCAGACCAGCCUGUUGCAGGGCAAGCGCUUCUACUGCCGCGAGUGGGUCUUCCACAAGAUCCAGCACUGCCUUCAGGAGAAAACCCACAACCUCAGCGCCCCGGGAUCCUCAGAACCGCUGGAGCCCGUCAGCGGGCCGGGGAAGAGCGGGUCGUGGGGGGUUCUGCUGGUCGGCGGACCCGGGAGCGGGAAGACGGCUCUGUGUACGGAGUUACUGUGGCCCGGUUCUGUUCACCGCGGGCUUCACCAGCACUGUCUGGGCUUCCACUUCUGCCGGCCCGAGGACUCGGACACGCUGUGUGUGAGCGGGUUCGUUCGCGGACUGGUGGCGCAGAUACGCCGGUCCGGACUCGUCCCGGAUUACGAGGAGAAAGUGCGGGAACCGGCGGUCCAGAGCGCACUGCAACCGGGAGAAUGCGAGAGGAACCCAGCCGAGACGUUCAAGAGGUGUGUGCUGCUGCCGCUGCUGAGCUGCAAGGCUCCUCCGCAGGCUCUGCUGGUGCUGGUGGACUCGGUGGACGAGGGCUGUUUGACCCGAGACCGAGAGCAGAAGACACCGGAGAACAUCGCUGAUCUCCUGGCCGCUCACCACGAGCUCUUCCCGCCAUGGCUCCUGCUAAUCUGCUCCGCGCGCCGGCAGAACAAGCACAUCACCAAACUCUUCACAGGAUUCCGAAAGAUCAGCCUAGAUGACCUACGGAAGGCCUACAUCGUAAAAGAUGUGCAGCAAUACAUCCUCCACCGGCUCGACCAGGAGGAGGCGCUACGCCAGCACCUCACGAAGGAGACCGCAGAGAUGCUGAACCAGCUCCACAUCAAGAGCAGCGGCUGCUUCUUGUACCUUGAGCGCGUUCUUGACGGAGUGGUUGAGAACUUCAUCAUGCUGCGGGAAAUUCGAGACAUCCCGGGAACACUGAAUGGACUUUACCUUUGGCUCUGCCAGAGGCUGUUUGUCAGAAAGCAGUUUGCUAAAGUCCAGGCUAUCUUGAACGUUAUUCUGGCUGCUUGCAGGCCGCUGACUGUCAGGGAGCUCUAUCAUGCAGUCUGGACUAAAAACAUGAGUUUGACGAUGGAGGACUUUCAGAAGAAGAUGGACAUUCUCUCCAAGCUGCUUAUUAAUGGACUUGGCAGUACUAAAAUCUUGUUUCAUUACAGCUUUGCUGAAUGGCUCCUGGAUGUUAAGCACUGCACACAAAAAUACCUUUGCAAUGCAGCUGAAGGACACAGAAUGAUGGCUAUGAGUUACACGUGCCGAGCAAAGCAGCUUAAACCUCUUGAGGUGCAGGAGUUUGCCUACCACCUGAUCAACUCUAACCUGCAGAUCGAGCCCUUUAAUCUCGCCCUUUGGAUGGUGUGGAAUGGCACCCCUGCUAAAGACUCCCUGUCCACUUCUAUCCCUAAAGAACAGGAGGUGCUUCAACUACUUGUCAAAGCUGGGGCUCACGUUAGCAACGAAGAUGACCAUGCUUCAUGCAUUGUGCAACAGGCCUUGGAACGCGAGGACUCUAUUCGAACUCUACUAGACAACGGCGCUUCUGUUAAUCAAACCGACUCCAACGGGAGAACUCUUUUAGCCAAUGCUGCGUACAGCGGGAAUCUAGAUGUUGUGAACCUUCUUAUCUCUAGAAGAGCCAACAUGGAGUUGGUAGACAACCAUGGACAGACUGCACUUACUCUGGCAGCGAGACAGGGCCACACCAAGGUGGUCAACUGUCUCAUCGGGUGUGACGCUAACAUCAAUCACACGGAUCAUGAUGGCUGGACCGCUCUUAGGUCUGCAGCUUGGGGAGGGCACUCAGAAGUUGUGUCUGCUCUCCUGUAUGCGGGUGCUAAAGUGGACUGCGCAGACGCCGACAGCAGAACUGCCCUGAGAGCUGCCGCUUGGGGAGGUCAUGAAGAUAUAGUCCUCAACCUUCUUCAGCAUGGAGCCGAAGUCAACAAGGCGGAUAAUGAAGGACGAACAGCGCUGAUCGCUGCCGCAUACAUGGGCCACAGAGAAAUUGUUGAGCAUCUGUUGGAUCAUGGUGCUGAGGUGAACCACGAGGAUGUGGAUGGAAGGACUGCGCUCUCGGUCGCGGCUCUUUGCGUGCCGGCAAGUAAGGGCCACGGCGCGGUCGUGAGCCUCCUGAUCGACCGGGGAGCCGAGGUGGAUCACUGCGAUAAAGACUGCAUGACUCCACUUCUAGUGGCUGCCUACGAAGGCCAUGUGGAUGUGGUUGAUCUGCUUCUAGAAGGAGGAGCGGAUGUCGAUCAUACGGAUAACAACGGGAGAACACCUUUGCUUGCUGCGGCGUCUAUGGGACACGCUUCUGUUGUCAAUACUCUGCUUUUUUGGGGUGCCGCAGUGGACAGUAUCGACAGCGAAGGCAGGACUGUGCUUAGCAUAGCAUCUGCACAGGGGAACGUAGAGGUUGUUCGAACUCUGCUGGACAGAGGACUUGAUGAAAACCACAGAGAUGACGCAGGCUGGACGCCAUUACACAUGGCUUCUUUUGAGGGACACAGACAAGUAUGUGAUGCUCUCAUUGAACAAGGUGCCCGCUGCAUAGAGAUUGACAACGAUGGACGUAUCCCUUUGAUUCUGUCUUCUCAAGAGGGUCAUUAUGAUUGUGUACAUAUCUUGGUGGAGAACAAGUCAUGUAUCGACCAGAGAGGGUAUGAUGGGAGAAAUGCUCUCCGAGUUGCAGCACUAGAGGGACACAGAGACAUCGUGGAGUUGUUGUUGAGCCACGGGGCGGAUAUCGACUUUAAGGAUGCGGACGGUCGCCCAACUCUUUACAUCCUUGCACUUGAGAAUCAGCUGGCAAUGGCGGAGUACUUCCUCGAAAAUGGCGCCAAUGUUGAGGCCAGCGAUAUGGAAGGGAGAACGGCUUUGCAUGUGUCGUGUUGGCAAGGCCACGUAGAGAUGGUGAGGUUGCUAAUCAACUAUCACGCAGAUGUAAACUCAUGUGAUAACGAGAAACGAUCUGCUCUCCAGUCGGCAGCUUGGCAGGGUCACAUAAAAAUUGUUCAGCUCUUGAUUGAAAACGGCACUGUUGUAGACCACACAUGCAACCAGGGUGCGACAGCUCUGGGAAUCGCCGCUCAGGAGGGGCACAUUGACGCGGUUCAGAUUCUUCUAGAACAUGGUGCGGAUCCUAAUCACGCUGAUCAAUUUGGACGCACUGCCAUGAGAGUGGCAGCCAAAGGUGGUCACAGCUCCAUAAUCAAACUCUUGGAUAAAUAUGGUGCCUCAAGUCUCAAUGGCUGUAACCCAUCUCCGGUCCACACUAUGGAGCAACAAAUCCCAGUUUCAGUUGCAGGGAAAGUUCAGUCUCUCACUAUAAAGUCUAGCAGCUCUGGAAGCACGGGAGCUGGCGAUGUUCAUGCCGGGCGAGGACAAUCCAACGGACCUGUUCAUGCUUUCAGCUCACCGUCAGAGUCUCCAGACUCAACAGUGGACCGGCAGAAGUCCUCCCUCUCCAAUAACUCACUCAAAAGUUCAAAGAACUCUUCGCUGAGGACCACCUCGUCCACUGCGACAGCCCAAACUGUUCCCAUUGACAGCGUCCAUGCUCUUUCUUUCAUCGAGCAGAUCCAGCAGCAUUCACUGCCUCGCAGUCGUAGUCGACAAUCCAUCGUUUCUCCCUCCUCAACCACCAGGUCCAUCGACACUCAACCUGGCUCUCCAACCAGUGAGUUUGACUGGAGCCAAGUGAAGCCAGGCCUCAAGUCCACCAAAGCAUCCAAGAACGGCCAAAACUGCUCGAACAAGGGAACAUCAAGUGAAAAGAAGAAAAGCAAGAAUAGUUCUUAUUCGCAAGGUCAGGUUCUUGAGUAUGAGCUGACUCAGUUUGAUAAAAGCCUUGUGCUGAAUAAGCCAGUGUCCAGCAUUGCAGUUAAAGAUCCUCAGUGUAAGAUUAUAGUGGGCAGAUCCAACGCCGUAGAUUCUGUCCAAUCGCAAGAGCAGUUUUACAUUCAGGCCCAGAGCUGUGCGGAGAAGAAGAGGAACGGCAUUAUGACCAACCCCAAAUACCACCUACAGGGAAACCAGGUUUUUCUUGGGAGAGUUUCAGUCCCCAGGACCGUUCCCAGCAGGGGCCACCAGGACCUACUGGACAAUUACCCGAUAGGGGAGACGGAAUUAAGCCUGAAACAAGCCUUACAGCUCCAGAUUGAAGGAUCGGACCCUGGAAUGAACUGCAAAAAAGAGACGCCGUUAUAAAUGAUGUCUUAAUCGUUAUUCGCCAUUCAGAAAGAGACUGUGCCAAAGUGAACGCUUUCAUCCGCAAAAGAACUGAAACCAUUUCUCGCAUUUCUCUGUGGAACAUCUCAAGAAGAAAGGAAAAUUAAAGACCUAAAGAGGGGAUUGUCGCCCAACGGUGAUGCAAAUUAGUACUCGUGCCUGUCGAUGCUCCAGCCUUCUUGUGGUGACCAUGAUGCACACAGACGCUUUUAAUUUAAUGCAUUAAUAUUUAAUAGGCAGUGGAUGCACUUUCUUCCUUUGUUUUCCUUUUUUGAAAAAAAUCUAAAUUGUAUUUAGUUUUUUUUUUUUUUUAGUUUUUUUGCCUUUUAAUGCUUUGUUUGUUUGUUUUAACAGAGUUUACUUUAAAAGAAGAAAUGUAAAUUGUUCUGUUUGUUUUGUCUUGACCUGUAUAAGUGCAACUGACAGCAAUGUGCCGCCGGAGUACGUUG